CGGCUGGUGUGUGGGUUACACAGUGCUGUAUCCAUUGGAAGGCAGAUUACCAGCACCUUGCUGAAUGAAAGGUGGACAAGGCAGCAGCACCGAAUGCUGGGCAGAACCUGACGAGGCAGGUUCCUAACUGGGCACUGACUUCCAAAAAAAAAGAAAGAGAGAAGCUGAAGUACCAUGCUGAAGAGUAGAGCCAACAAGGGGAAUGAUGCCAUUCACCUCAUCUCACCCAAUGAGUUGAAGAAUGAGUACUAUGGCAGUUUAGAAAAUGAGGAGGAUGACAACUUUGUGGCAACGCAGGAGAUUAAUGAUGAAUUCAAAGAGUUCACAGAAGACCCAAAGGAAGAAGAAAAAGUGAACUUUUUCAGUGAUGGGAAAACCAGAAUCGAUUUUGUCCUUGUAUGGGAAGAGGAGCUACAGAAGCAGCCUGAGAGAGCGAGAGCUGAAAAUGCGGACGGUGCAGGUGAAAUAGGCCAGGACUCAAAACUAACCUCAAAACGAGCCCAGGGGACAAGGUGGAGGAAUAAAUUUCUGCAUAACCUCAGGAGGAAUGGCCUGCUCAUGGAAAUGCAUGAGACGCAGAAUGAGAAACAUCAAAUCCAUUACAUCUUGCUGAAUGUUCCGUGGAAGAUGCUGUGCUAUUAUGCAGAGGACAUGAAGUUACGAGUCCCACUGCAGGUAUCUGUAAACUCUCACUCCAACUGGUCAGAGGACUUACUCUCGAAGCUGGGAAUCCAUAAUGUCAUGUCGGAAGACUUUCCGAGCAGCCCUCUGGAGUAUUUCACCUGCCUGUUCCGAAUUUCCAAGUUAGAAAGGUACUUAAAUAAUAAAAAUCAGGAGGAUUUCUUCACCACCACUCAGAGGCAUCAGAUUGCUUAUGAAAUAUUAGCAAGGACUAAGUAUGGGCUUCAGCGAAAGGCUGAGAUUGGCAUCAAUAGUCUGUUGACCACGAAUGUGUUUACCGCAGCCUUUCCCCUUCAUGAUGGCCCAUACCAGGCUCAGGGUGAACAAGGUGAACUGCUCAGCCACAGGCAGGUACUGUAUGAGCAUUGGGCUCGCUGGAGCAAGUGGUACAAAUACCAGCCUCUGGACCAUAUCCGGAAUUACUUUGGAGAGAAGAUCGCCUUUUACUUCACUUGGUUAGGGUUUUACACAGGGUGGCUGUUACCAGCUGCAAUAGUAGGAACUGCAGUUUUCAUUGUUGGAAUCAGCCAGGUGCUGAGUGACAUUCCUGCAAAGGAAAUAUGCGAACACGGAGAUAAUUACAGUAUGUGCCCGCUCUGUACAACUUGUAAAGUUUGGAAACUCUCCAGUAUCUGCUCGCUCUUCAAGGUGAGCCAGCUCUUUGACAACGGGGGAACAGUCUUCUUCAGUAUCUUCAUGUCUCUCUGGGCAGUGACCUUCCUUGAGUACUGGAAGAGAAAGAGCGCCGUUAUGGCCCACAGAUGGGACUGCUUGGACUUUGAGGAAACAGAGGAACGCCCGCGGCCUGAGUUCACGGCCAUGGCUCCCAUGACGACGAGGAAUCCGAUCACAGGGUCAGAGGAGCCAUACUUCCCGCAGAAGGACAGGCUGAGGCGAAUGAUCACCAGCUCCAUGGUGAUCCUGCUCCUGGUUGCAGUGGUUGUGAUCUUCCUGAUUUCUGUCAUACUGUACCGUACCAUCAUCAGCAUCUUCAUGUAUGAGACAGGAAACACCAUUGUUAUGGCAACUGCUCCAAGAAUAGCCAGUAUAACAGGAUCUGUGGUCAACCUCCUGGUCAUCCUCCUGUUGGCCCGAGUGUAUACCUCACUGGCUCAUCUCCUCACAAGAUGGGAAAUGCAUAAGACCCAGUCCAAAUAUGAAGAUGCCUUUACCUUUAAGGUGUUUGUCUUCCAGUUCAUCAACUUCUACUCCUCACCGAUCUACAUUGCUUUCUUCAAAGGCCGGUUUGUCGGUUAUCCUGGACACUAUGGUUCGCUGCUUGGAGUCAGAAAUGAGUCUUGUGGCACUGGUGGCUGCCUUAUUGAAUUAGCUCAGGAACUGCUAGUCAUCAUGGUUGGAAAGCAAAUCAUCAACAAUACGCAGGAAUUUGUCAUCCCGAAGUUGAAAUAUUGGUGGCAGAAGCGGAAACUGAAAGGCACAGCCAAAGAGAAGUCCAUUCCAGUCCUAAAGCCCUGGGAGAGGGAUUAUGAACAAUUGGUCUGUGAGGGACUCUUUGAUGAGUAUCUUGAGAUGGUCCUGCAGUUCGGAUUCAUCACUAUCUUUGUUGCUGCCUGCCCAUUGGCCCCUUUAUUCGCCCUGCUCAAUAACUGGGUAGAAAUUCGCCUGGAUGCCAACAAGUUUGUGUCUGAGUAUAGGCGGCCAGUCGUGGAGAGAGCUCAGGAGAUCGGGAUCUGGUUCAACAUUCUGGAAACCAUCACCAUGUUUGCUAUAUUAAGUAAUGCAUUCCUGAUCGCGUUCACCUCAGACUUUCUGCCUCGUCAAUACUACCAGUAUGUAUACCAGAGUAAUCUGACUGGCUACAUCAACUUCAGCUUGGCUCAUUCACCCACCAGCUUCAACCAGCAGAACAAGACCAUGUGCAGGUACAGGGAUUUCAGGGAUCCCAGUGGUGAUUUUAGCCUGACGUACUGGAAGCUGUUGGCAAUUCGUCUGGCAUUUGUCUUUGUGUUUGAGCAUGUGGUGUUCUUCAUUGCGCGGUUGAUUGACUUGCUGGUCCCGGACAUCCCUGAAUCUGUGGAAAUUAAAGUGAAGAGGGAACACUACUUGGCAAAGCAGGCUCUGGCUGAGAACCAGGUUUUUCUGGAACAGACCGAAAGCUCAAAUGGAUUGAUCAGCUUGAGUCGAUCGGAAACCAGAGCAGCUGCAGACAAGCAAGAUCUUCCUCCAAUCCCAGAAGAUGUGCCAGUUUAGCCUGGAGACCUCACUCACCAGCCUGCAGCUGUUCUGCAACAGUGUGGAUCCAAUCUGAAACUGUUCAGACAUACCCAGACAGCUCGCUCAAAUGAAACACAAGUGGUUGAGAGAGGGAGACGGUGGUGGGGGAUCAGUAACUUAAGCCACCCUCCCCCCUACAAAUGCCAGUACCGACACCCGUUUGUUGGAGGAUACGGAAAUGAGCCUCAAUAUUGUCAAAGGAGUCAAAGGCUGUCGGGUGUCAGAAUUGGCAGGAGGGGGGAGUUGAGGCUGUAAUCAGACCAGCCAUGAUCUUAUCAAGUAGCAGAGUGGAUUGAUGGACAGAACAGCCUCCCAGCUCCUAUUUCUUGCGAAACCUGACCCCUACCAAAAUACUCGCCUACUUUUUGUUUAAAACACCGUGGAUUUUCAGUGGGCCCCCAGUAGGAAUGUUUGAGUGAGGCUCUCCAUUCCAGACUUUCUGGCAGUGAUUUGUGUUUAACAUUUUCAUGUGGAGUUUCCUGGCAUUCCCAGGAAAGGCGGUAACCGGAAUAAUCCGGGCGGCAGGCCAACCCUGUGGGUUGGUGCUUUCUUUCCUAGCGCAGCUCGUGGGUCAAGAGGAACCAGCACAGACAUUUAGCUCUGAUAAUUCCCAGGCUCCCUUCCCUCCCUCCCUCCAUCCCUCUGACUGCUGCUCAUUCCAUAUUGCCAGGGCUAAAUCCGAUAUUCCACAGCUAACGCUCUUGUCCUGGAAAGGAGGGCAAGAGAGUAAACUGUAAAAGAUGUCUUAUCAGUUUCUAUUUUCCCAGGAGUUUUGAGCUUUCUCACCUACCUCAAACAUGCUUCCCCAUUCCCUCCCCAUAAAUAUUAAUGUCUGUUUAAAUAAGGAGCUGUCUUAUGAGUGAUCAAUGGGUAUUUACAGCAAAUCUCACCAAUCUCUUGAAGGAAUCAAAGUUCGCAGGAGGCCUGUUCUAUCCCAGUGGCUGCUCUGCACAGUGUCCGCUUGGCCAUAGAGCUCUGGCUGGCUAUUCAGCCUCAGGCGGCCCAAUGUUACCCACAGCCUGCCUGCCUAACUCUCGUGGUAGUUACACCAGCCUCUGGAUGGUGAUCAGGAAUUUUCGGCGAUUGUUGUGUUUCUGGCUUGGGGAAGUGUCAGUGUCUACCAGUUGGCGAAGCUGAGAUCUGAGUGCUGGCUUUGCCCCAGUGAGUGGCCAUGGAAAGUCACUGGUCCGUUGUUGCUGUUUUCUGAGCACUCGUUGAACUAGACGGAAAGUUGCCAUCAAGAGCCAAAGUAGUUAUUCCCAAGACAUGGUUUACACUGAAAUACAAGGGUCGAUUUCAAAGUUUAUGUCAAUGCUCCACCGAACACCAGUUUGUUUUAGUACCGAGCUUAUCCUGGUCUCACAAAAAAGUCUCCUGGGUAAUAUAGAACAAAUUCCAAUUGGCGCCAGACAGAAUGGAGGACUUUAAGACCAUGUAGAGAGUGGAUGUUUAAGCAAGUGCUUCUCAACAAAAUGAUUGACAACUACGAAACCACUCACUCCUCAGAAACUCAAACUGGACCUGUUGAAACUGAAAUAUUUCGGAUUUCUAGCUUCUGAGGAAAUUACGGCACAGUUUGCUAACACACUAUCUUUUGGCAAUUGGGAUUCGAUAAGCAGAGUCAUGUAUGUUCAGUACAGAGAGUAGAGCUUCCUGUGUGGUGUGUCUUUGUCUCGGUAAACAUCACAUCUUUGUGAUAUUUUUGAGCACAGCAAAUGUGCUGACAUUCUGCUGGAUAGGUAUUUUCUAACUGACAUGUUCUGAGAUGUUAUUACACACUGCUGGAGCAGUUGGGACUUUAAUCAUGAUCUCCUGGCUCAGAGGUAGGGAUGCUACCACUGUGCUGCAUACUGUUGAAUAAUGUGUGUAUCUAGAGAGGAACACAAUGACAGGCUUCAUAAAAGGAAAGACAUUGCAUUUGCAUGGUACCUUUCAUAACCACUGGACGUCUCAGACCCUCAGGAUGCUUUUUGCAAGUGUUUAGCAUAGAAUCCCUCCAACGCGGAAGUAGGUCAUUCAUUGGGUUCACACUGACCCUCUGAAGAGCAUCCCACCCAACCCUGUGUCUGUAACCCUACAUUAACAACCCACUUAGCUUGCAAAUCCCUGGACACGGUGGGCAAUUUAGCAUGUCCAUUCCACCUAGUCUGUAUAUCUUUGGACCAUGAGAGGAAACUGAAGCAACCAGCAGAAACCCAUGCAGACAUGGGGAGAAUGUUCAAGCUCCUCACGGACUGUUGCCCGAAGGUGGGUUCCAACCUGGGUCCCUGGUGCUGUGGGGCAUCAUACUGCCCUUUAUUGUAAUGUAGGAAACAUGGCAUAAUUUGCACCCAGGGAUAGCUUCCACAAACAGCAGUGUGAUAAUCACUGGUAAAUCUGCUUUGUGAUGUUAAUUGAAGCCUAGGUAUUGAAGGGUACCAGGACAAAUGUCCAUACUGUUCUUUGAAACAGUACCAUAUGGGUCUUCUAUGCCCACCCAGAAGACAGAUGGGGACAUCAGUUUCAAUUCCCAUGUGAGAGCUGCCACUUCUGAUGGUGCAGUGCUCCCUCAGCAUAGCAUGUCCUCUCAGAGUUGGGUUUACAUUCCUGAAAAUUGCAAUUUUAAGUGGAAAGACUUUAAGUGAAGCAUUGAUUUCUAUAGCAAUCAAUGUUAAAACUCCAGUUAGGGUUCCGUAGGGCAUUCCUUCACAGAAAAAUAAAUCUGUACCUAUAAAUUGAAACACAAUACUUUGAAAGCCUAAUUUCUACAUGGUAAUUGAAAUAACUGCUGAAAUAAGGUAAAUGAAUUUAAAAUAUCUGCAAAAGAAAAAGCUGUAACUUUCUACACUGUGUCUCCCUGAUGGACCAUCAGAUGUGGGGCCAGGUAAUCACUGCCUGGGAUCUUAACUGGGGCUCCUUUGCUCAUUGGUCAGCAAAAGGCCCAACUGGGUCCUUAUUGGCUGCAUUUUGGCCGCUAUUUGGUGGUGCCUUUUUUGGGAUAUGCCUUCUUGUGCCUGGGCUGUGGGGUUCCUGCGACAGCUUGAGGCAUUGUCCAAGCUUGGAAAAGGAGCAGGUGGAGGUUGGAGAGGGGAGGGGUUACAAAUGGAGAUGAUGGCUGCUCUAAUUGAUCCGGAUGGAGUUCGUCAGUUUUUCUGCGUAGUACUUGGUUUGUCUAUGCUCAAGCUCUGUAUGGGGUACGUGGCCCCAAGACUUUUUGGACUGAGAUGAGGGUGCUCCCAAACUGAGCCACCGCUGAUGGAAUUUGAAUUCAUUGGAAGGCUCAAUGUGAAACUUUCAAAACACUGAAUGAACCUCACCCCAAGCUUAAGGCCUUGGACCUCACCAGCUGAAUCAUGUCAAUUCUUGCACGCAUCACACAGACCCUUGCAGAAAUUGAUCAACCAUACGGGGAGCCUCAUAACAUUUUCAGAUAAAAUACCUCUUCCCUGAAAUUGUGAUAAAGAGAGGGCUGAAUGGAAUUGACUUAUAAAUAAAUGGGAAGAAACAUGGCGACAU